AGUUGCCGUCCAUUUGUCAGUUACCCAUCUUAUCAUAUUAUUUCUUCUUCAGGCCCGUGAUGUGAGUGACAGAUGGGUCAGAGGGAAAAUCCGCUUAGCAACUUUCUGCUGAUGGAGCUUCAGUGAGUAAAGCUCCACACUUUCUCAUUACUAGCUUAGCAUCACCGCACUGAGGCCUCACUUGCUCUUGUUCAACUUCACCGGAUACAGUUAGAAGAUAAAGGACAUGUCUGCCGAAAAGAAGCCCAAAAAGAAGAAGCCCGAUUCGACUCCAGCAGAGACCAAAGGCACCGAAGCCAAACCCAAAAAGACCAAGAGCAAGAAGAGCAUCGAUCUGUCGGCCGAAAGCAGCCCGGUCACUCAGAAUGGAGAGAAGGUGAAGAAGAAGAAACUGGAGAAGGAGAAAGAAUCAACAGAGAAGGAGAAGGAAAUCAAAAAGAAAGCCAAAAGUGCCCCAAAGAAGAAGAAGAGAAUCAAAAAGAAAGCCAAAAGUGCCCCAAAGAAGAAGAAGAGUUCUACAGAAGAUGAUGAUGAUGAGGAUGAUGAUGAAGAGACCACUCCUCAGAAGAAAACGAAGAAAAAGACUUCAAAAGAAAGUUCUGAUGGAAAGGAAAAAGAGAAGGAAAAAGACAAGAAGUCCAAAUCAAAAGGUGUCCUCUUUUCACAUGUGCUUUAA